AUGCCGAUGAGCGGCGCCGAGUUCCUGAGCCUCAGCAGUGAUUCCAGAAGCGCCAGCAGCUCCGCAGAGGGGCGACAUCUCACCGACACCUCACCUCAAUUCCACGAGCAGCUCGUCGUGCCGAGGCUCGUCGGGCCGCCCCAGGCCGCGCCGGCUGAGCCCGGCGCCAUCCGCAGCCAGAGGACAGCCAGCGAGAGGCAGGAGAGCCCGUCUCAGGACUCCGACGUGUUCUCCGAGGAACUCAUCGACCCGAUAUCGCGCUGGGACCUCGAGCUGGACGACGACGAGCUGGACGAUGACAGCGAGCUGGACGAGCUGGACGGAGACGAGCUGGACGACGAGGACGACAGGGACGAGGACGAUGACGACUUCGACGACGACUACGGGCUGGACCCGGCGGAGGAGCACGUGAUCUCCAGCCUGCCCGUGCGGGCGCUGACGGCGAUGGACGCGGCGUGGGCGCGGAAGGUCGGCGACUCGUGGUCCUGCAGCAUCUGCAUGGAGUCGUUCCAGGUCGGCACGCCGGUCCGCACGCUGCCGUGCUUCCACUGCUUCUGCGCGGCCUGCAUCGACGAGUGGCUUCGGAGGCAGGGCGCCUGCCCCAUCUGCAAGCAGCGCGUCAGCGACCACGUGGACGCGGCCCUGCACAGCGACCGCGCGGACGCGGAGUCGCUGGAGUCCGACAGCGAGGAGUCGCUGGGCCGCUUCCAGCGGAGAGUGGGGACCAUGGUCAG